CUAAAAUAAGACCAGCGACAGCGACCCCUUUUUUGUCUCGUACGUAUCCGUUCUCGACAACCUUCCCUUAGGGUUUCGUCCUCCUCCAAUCCCUUAUCUGCGGCGAUCGAUCCCGGCGGCCAUGGCGGAAAAGAAGAUUACCCUAAAGAGUUCGGACGGCGAGGUCUUCGAGGUGGAGGAGACGGUGGCCAUGGAGUCCCAGACGAUCAAACACAUGAUCGAGGACGACUGCGCCGGAAACGGCAUCCCCCUCCCCAACGUUACCAGUAAGAUCCUGUCUAAGGUGAUAGAAUACUGCAAGAAGCACGUUGAUGCGGCCGCCGCCUCCUCUAAGUCCACCGUGGAUGAUACCUCCUCCAAAAUCGUCGACGAAGAACUCAAGACAUGGGACGCCGAUUUCGUCAAGGUCGAUCAGGCUACCCUGUUCGACCUCAUCCUGGCGGCAAAUUAUCUGAAUAUAAAAGGAUUACUGGAUUUGACUUGCCAAACUGUUGCUGACAUGAUCAAGGGGAAGACCCCAGAAGAAAUCCGCAAGACCUUCAAUAUUAAAAAUGACUUCACACCCGAGGAAGAGGAAGAGGUGCGGCGGGAGAACCAGUGGGCGUUCGAGUGAUGUGCGAUGAGGGACAAUUUAAGCAUCUCUAAUUGUAGUUGGAUGGGUAGUGUUGGAUCUGGGGUAAGCUUAGCUUGGUAAACUUUAUGGUGGUGGUUUUGGUGUUGAUGGGCUGUAAUUAGGCGGAUAAUGUGGCCAACGAUGUGAAAAGAUCUUUAUCGGAAACUAGUACUUUCAUAUCAUUGUUAUAUGCUUUAGAUUCGAUGGUUGCUGUACCAGAGGUGAUCUGCUUGGUAGAUA